UGCGGUCCGGCCGCCCAGAUAAAGGCUGGAGCCUCGGCCACCGGCAGCGUAGAUGCACCCGGUUACAGAGUUCGGGUCGGCGCGGGUCGUGUGCGCCACCGUAGAGGCUGCCAGUCGCAGACGUCGAGCUAGAGCAGCCUGGGAAAUGAACUCUUCAGGAAACAACGAAAAUUUCGAGGGCAGUAACUCCAGACCUUUCUUUUAUGUGCACCCCGUGGCCCAGCAGCUUCACCUGGGGCCCUGGUACCAGAAUCCUGUCUAUAAUCCAUUCUCCAUUCCUGGGGCAGGUUUCACAAAUGGAAGUCUGUAUUUUUCAUAUCCUGUGGUGCUCAAUGAGUAUCCUGGUUUCCUUGUCCCUCAAUCCCCGUUGCCCACUACUCUUAACCGACGACCCAUAGUCCCUGUGUUUUAUAACACGGCACAAUUCCGACAAUAUGGUGGCUAUUGGGAAAAAAUGAAAACAAAGGACACACAAACAGAAACUGAACCUCAACAGGCUGAAAACUUGAAUGAAAAACAAGACGUGCACUCAGAAGGCAACAGCCCUGAUGUAGGAAGGGUGACCAGUAUCCCUACAAUUACAUCAAAAGAAACUAUGCCAUUGUAUGAUGUGGCUUAUGGUAAAGCCAUGCCAGGGAACGAGGUGCAGCACAAUGGGAUUUCACAAACUUCCUGUGAAAGUAGAGGUGUGCUCUAUAGCCCUCGUGAGGGUAGAGACCACAUGAACUUGGGUGAAGGAAAGAAGGGAUAUGCAGCUAUUUCCCAAAACCCACCACCUUCAGCUGACAGAGAUGAGAUCCAGAAUAGCCUGAACUCAAAAUUGUACCAGUCUACUGGAGAUGUCAACAGGCUUCAUCAGGAAAGGCCACUCUGUGCCAGCAUGGAAGCAGUUAAAGACCUGAGCCUACAUUCAGAAUCUCAGAAACUCCUCACUGUAGGGGAAGUUCAACAAAGUAGGUCAGGCCACCCAGUGUGA